AUAUACAAAUGAUGAAUAUAAAAACUGGACCCAUUAUACCACUACCACUGCAUCGUCGAAUCAAUCGCUUGAUAAAAACUGAUGACAUUCUCUUUGACGAAACGUCCAUACCAGAAGAACACAAUGAACCAAAAUUGUUUAACGACGAUUUACAAUUACGAGAUGAUAAAAUCUUUGUUGAACCUCGAUUAGAGCCGAAGCCAUUGAGUCAAAUAAAAACGAAUUGGUUUGAUGAAUUUUGCCGAAACACUCAAAAAGAUCGAAUAAUAUGGGAAUCAAAAUUGCAUGAGGCCUCACGACGAUUCGCAAAUAAAUCGAUGUACGAACAAGUUGAGGAUCUAAUGGACAUUUCAGCUGAAGAUUUUUCCGAGUGUAUCAAUAAGUUAGCCGACGAUGAACAGCAUCAAAUUAGCAAGGAAAUGAUUAAGAAAUUAUUUUCAAUCGAAAUUGAAAAUGACAUUUCAAACUCAUUGUUUGUGCAAAAAACUCAUAAACCAUAUGUAUCCGAAGAGAUCGCUGAGUUAUUUGAAUGUCCCGAACUGGCCAUCGAAAGGAAUAUUCGUAAAUUAAUGAAACAAGAUAAAAAGUCAACGAAAGUGUCACCAAAAUAUCAUGCUUUUGGCAGAAGCUUAUCUCCAGCAUCGAAGCAAAUACAAAAAAUCAAGUUUACAGAACCGGAACCAUUCAAUUUCCCCGAAGAUAUUCGGUCCGGUGAAAAUCUUUUCCAUGGAAUUGAUCAAUUAAAAUCGACAAAGGCACUCAUAAACUACUUUGAUGAACACAAUUUACCAAAACCAAAAUAUUUAAGCAAAAUGAAUGCGCUCAAAUCCAAAUCAAAAAACACAUCACAACAAACGCCAUUGUAUUCGGAUUAUCAAUGAUUGGAAAUAUUUUGCAUCAAAAUAGACAAUAGAUCAAAAUAUCGCAUUUCAAUAUUUCAUGUAUUUUUCACGCCCGAUACCGAGUAAUUUAUUUCCAAAACCGAAAACAUUGAAAGAAUAAUUGAUUAUAAAAUGAUUUUGUUAAAAUGUGUAGAAUGUCAAGGUCAACAUUGCUUCGGCAAACUUAAAAAUCGAAACAGAUCUUCACUUUUUGAGAAUUG